AUGGAUAGUGUAACUAAAAAAAGUUACGGUGGGGAAGUCUCUGGAAGAAGUAAGAGUAAAAACCUUUCUAUUUUUUGUUUGGAUAUUAUGAAACUUUUCACUUAUUUUUAAGUUGUUGAUUUUCAUAAUCAUGAAGUUUUUAAGGAUUGUUGCCAUUAGAUCCAAAAAGUAAGGGGAAAAAAAUUUAGAUUUAGGAGAGACCAAUGUGUUACCAAUGGUGCAGUUGAGAUAUUACAUUUUAGAAUAUUUUAGAAUAUAAUUUGCAGAAAUUAGAUCUAAAAUAUAUUUGAAAUUAAUCGGCACUGUUGGAGCACGGAGUUUGUUUUAUUUUCUAUAUUUCCAACAGUUUCUGAAAACAAUAUAUAUUUUUUAAUUUUAUGAACAUAAUUCAGGUGUGUUCUAAAUAGUAUUUUCUAUUUGUUCUUCUAGGUUUCACGGAAACAGUAACAUCUUCAUCAAGACUUGUGUCAUUACCACCAAGUAAGUUAACUUUAUAUAACUAUGAAUACACAAAAUCUGUGUAAUUCCACCCUGUUGACUAGUGAUAACAAUGUAUUAAGGGAACAUUAUAGGGUCAUGUAUUUCUGACCCUAUAGUGUUAAAACCACCAUUUAGGUGGCAUCCCCCUCCCUGCCCCCCUUAGAAGGGGUUAAAACAUACCUUAUUUCCACUGCUUGCGCUGGCCCCACCCCUGAUCCACCUCCUUGGUGACAUCAUCCCUACAGUAAAGCAUUGGAUUGGCCGAAAGCAGCAAGGAGGCGUGAUGGGUGCGGAGCCAAAUGCCGUUUUGGCCAAUCAGCAUCUCCUCGUAGAGAUGAAUUGAAUCAAUGUAUCUCUACGAGGAAAAUUCAGCUUCUCCAUGCAGAACAUGGAGACAUUGAACAGCAGUGCUACCUACUGUGCAGCACUGCCCCAGGAAGCCCCUCCAGUGGCCAUCUGAGGAGUGGUCACUGGAAGUAUCCAUAGGGGGCAAUGUAAACACUGUCUUUUCUCUGAAAAGACAGUGUUUGCAUGAAAAUGCCUGAAGGGAAUGACUAUACCCACCAGAACAACUACAUUAAGCUGUAGUUGUUCUGGUGACUAUAGUGUCCCUUUAAAUAUUUCAAGGUUUAUCAAAGGAAUUAUCAAUUUUAAAAUAUGCUAAUAGAUAUUCUUGCUCUCAUUUACCAUUUCACACAAAACAGACUGAAUUGAGCACUUUGGACACAACUAUGAUCAAAGGGGAAAAAAGUGUGUUAAGUGACAGAAAUAUAAAUCAGAUAUAUAAAAAACUGCUAUGUUAUAUCACAUCAAAUAUUUCUAAUGAUUCUUAUUGUUUACCUUGUUUGACAAUGUAUAAACACUUUCACGAAAGGUGCCGUGUUGUCAAAAUACUGACUUAAACACCGCUGGUUUUAAAUGUCUACUGGCCGUCCCCGAGUUAUUGGAUAAAUAAGGGUAUUUUUACUUAGCCAUUGAUAAAAUGCCUGUAUUUUGUGUCAUCAUGCUGUAAGAUCAUACGUCAUGUCAUCAAGACAAAUAAAGGACGAAGUGUUUGCUUCUUCAGAAAUAUUAAUUCAUAUUAUAAAAAAUGUAUAUACAAUUGGAAAAUAUAUGGUGAAUGUUUAAAUGUGUUAUUAACAGAAAUGUGGUGCAAAGCUCUUAAAGUGGGGCCAUCACCCUAGACACCAAUGGGAUUAGCAAGAUUGUUCAAUUCGUAGAAUUUUACCAACAGCGCCUACCAGUGGUUUCCAUGGUGAUUAUUCCACUCUUCGACCUUUGCAUAGUAACACCUUUAUCAGUCUCACCUAUUGUGUCCUUUGGAAAGCAAAUGUUAACAGUUAAAGAUAACAAACCAUUUUAAUCUUGCUUUAAUGACCUGUAAAUGACCAUCAUGCCUUACAUUAUCAUUCAAUGAUUACUUUAUGGGUGAGAUGAUACAAUGUCAAUGAUGAUUUUAAUGCUGAGUUGUUCAGAAGGGUGUAUUUUAGCCCACUGGGCCAAUUAAUAUCUUACCCACCUGGACCCAUGGGUUGAAGAAACAGGUGAUAGAAGACCUGUGCUAGUUUAGUGAAUGUCGCCUCUCUUCAUUUUGUGUCUAAACAGAAGGGGCGAACAGUAGCGCUUCCAAACUUUCAUACCAGAGUGGAGGGGGUGGAAUGGAAAAAAAGAGCGUGAUUCAAAGCACCAGCAGUUACGUCACGUCAGGUAGGUGUCCUAAAGUGACAAGAGGCCAAAAAUGUCCAAACUUUAAAUCUUAAUAUUUUAUCUUCAUUAUCAUUCUGGAAAAUGCAUAUUGCCUUGUAACCAACAAUUGUGAAAGGGUAGUUUAUAUUUUUAAGUAGAAAAUAAUUUAAAACCCUUUUUUAUUAAAAUUUUUUAUUAUUUGGGCCACCAUACCGCUGGUCUUAAUGGCACACAAAUGCAGCAUACAUUUUCAGCUUUGUUUUUGAUUAUAUUUUUAGUGUGUGCUGAGUUUAGGAGAUUUAGUAAAUGUUGGGAUUUAAAAAACAAAAAACAUUGAUAUCAGACUCCUCAUAUAAUCACAGCCUUCUGUAUCACAGGCUAAAAGUUGAGUUCCCAAUCUCAAUAACCCAUGUUCAGCCAUGUAUAUCUAAAACUUAUUAUAAAACUCAUUCUCAAUUAUGUCGUUUGUGGGUCAGAAUACUUAGUAUUAACACAUCAUUUGUGGGUGCAAUUCAGCCACAGGUGGCAGUUCAAGAGUAAACAUUAGUUCAUCUGGAUCCAGAUUCCCUCAGUCCUCAGGUUCCACGCUCUCCGUUUCCCCAAAUUCAACUUUCGACAGGAAAACUUACGCCUCCACCUCUCGCCAAGGAGGAUAUGAAGGUAGGAAUGGGUCACAGCUCUAAUUGUUGAGUUUACCGAGUAAUAUUCCCACAUAUUUGCACAAUAGGCAAUGCCGAUCCCCUAUUCUAGAAGUCCAUAACAAUAUGUAAAAUGUAUUUAGGAUCAACAAAAGCUAAUAAUGUAUCGAUAUCUACCUUGACAUGUUCAACAUUUGCUUUCCAUGGAUUGCAAUGAUUUUAACACCCUUGCAUUUAAGUGUUUAUUCACCAUUCAAGUUGCAGUGAGUUUACAAUGAGCUUGCAGAACUAGAACCUGAAUAGUUGAUUUGAAAAACUAAAAUCUGCAGCUCUAUUGGGUGAAAUUCUUUUUAUUUCCAUCUUAGCUAAUUUAGUGGGCAGUGGGUACUCCUCACUGUUUGGUGAAUAAAUCUAUUAGCUUCCUAUAAAUUUGAAUGUCUUUAAACUGUGUCUGUGUUGUUGAUGUUGCAUCACCAAAAUGCGUUGCCAGUAAUGCAUUUUGGGUCUACUCUGCUUCUUUCAUUUCUUUUUCUCCUUUGAUCAUACGAUAACUUGGAAAGACAGUGAGAAUACAAAAUGAGUAAGAAUUAAAUUGAAUUUGGCUUAUGGAAGCAGUUCAUACCCAGACAGCUAGAAAUGGUCAGGGGAGGAAAAUAGAACUUAGUGGAAUGAAAACCAGUAAAUUGUGUAUAGAUUUGUACAUUGAAUUAUUUGAUCUAUUCACUUUUGAAUAAAAUAAAAUGAUUUUAAAUAUACAAAAAAGCAAAGUGAAAGCUUUGAAAAUGAUAUUCAUAAUUACUUUUUUUAAGCAUUUUUUUUUUAGAAUUAUUUAUCUUUACUUCAUUUAACAUAUAUAUGUAUGUAUGCUGUUAAAACCUGACGAUUUACCAUAUCAUAUUUUUGUUCUUCUAGGAAGUUCUAGUGGAAAUUCUUCACCGGAAUACACUAGAAAAGAAAUGGGUAAGUUUUCCACGGAGACAGACUAGCAAAAAUUGAUGAUCCAACUUCUUAACAGGGGGAAUUGAUGAUAUGUACUAACAAAAUCUGACAGUUUUACUAAUGUGUGAGCAACCUGAAAUAUCAUCGUAUAAUAUUUAUGUUGAAAAAUGUUUGUAUUAUAUGCUAUAUUUCAUGAAAUAUAGGGUUUUCAGAAAGUUUGGCGACACAUAUCCAUAAACUAUAAUUUGUGUAGAAACAGUGUCCUAAAAGUAGGAGGAAAGAUGGAAGGAGAAGAAAGGUGAUAGAUGAAAACUCAUCACGGAGGUUAACUAACCAACUGUAGGGUAGAGGAGAGGAAGUGACAAGUAAACCUAUACCCAACCCAUAUUUCCAUGUUGGCUAUGCUGUAAUUCCUAUCAUUUACACUUGUAUCUGUUUUGUUUUAUAGCAACUUCAUCCACCAGGGGGCGCACACCGAGCAGAGGUGAGUGUGUCGACUUUUGUAUCUAUUAUCAUUAUUAUUAUUAUCAACAAUUAUAUAGUGAAAACUUACUCUGCAGUGCUUUACAAUAUUAUUAACACUAAAUGAGAUAAUUACAAAGUGUUUCAUUGUGUUUUCGAGGCAGUUGGAGAUUUUUUUUAAAAAAUUCUGGCUCAUUCUCUUUUGUUCUGUAGCUAAAAAACAAACAAAAAACAAUGUGGAAAACAAAUGUUUAUUCAACUUGUUUGUUUGGAACUGAAUAUACAUGUUUAGUUUCCCACAAAUUUCUGUUUACUUUACAAAUUAUGUAAUAUUUUUUAUUUAUUUUAACGUUUAAUGGGUUUAUGGUUAUGAAACCUCAUUUGAAAUAAUUCAACAAGUAUUUCCAUAAUAAUAUGAUGUGCAUGCCGCAAAUGUGCAGCUGAAACAUGUAUGUAAUACCACAAGGCAGUCUAAAUAAAUCAGCAAACUGCUUAUGAGUUGCCAGAUUUCUCAAAUGCCCCAGACGCUCUAAAUGGAACACCGAUAAUCGAGAGGAAAAAAUCAUAGAGAAUACGCACAUAGAAACAUAGAAUGUGACGGCCGAUAAGAACCAUUCGGCCCAUCUAGUCUGCUCAAUUUUCUAAAGACUUUCAUUAGUCCCUGGCCUUAUCUUAUAGUUACGAUAGCCUUAUGCCUAUCCCACGCAUGCUUAAACUCCUUUACUGUGUUAACCUCUACCACUUCAGCUGGAAUAAAUAUAAGGAGUGUGCGCUCCCUAUACAUUUUAGUAUUUAUAUAUUCAUGCACUGAAUAAUUCUCAACAUUCUCCUCGCUUUCUAUAUACAUUUAUAUGGUUUUAUACAUCGUGUUUUUUUUCAUUAUACAGAGACUGAAAUUCGUACUCGACUCCAAAGCGCAUCCCCCUCCACAAGAUGUAAGUGAUGGAAUUGAGCUGCUAGUAAAAUUCUUAUAUGGUACUUGGCUAACAGUGACGUUAAUUAACAGAUCGAUUAAUGGCAUAGGAAUUGUUUGGAUUUUUAAUUGAAGAAAUUAACACAUACUACAUUAGACCACAAAACAUCCAAGGAUAAUUAAAUAAGACUCCAAAUGAUUCACUAGGAACUUUAUUAUGUUCACUUCAGUCUGUUAUUCUCCGCUAAACUAAUAUGAAGAAAUAACUUAAUCUAAUUCUCAAUUAAAAAAUGCAUUAACACAAAUCUGGCUAUAUUUUGGUCUAAGUGAAGACCUCUCUAUCGGAUGAACAUGUCUUGUUUUUUGUUUUGUUUUAUAUCUUUAAGUGCAUUAUCUUAAUUAGUGUAAUAAUGCUUAGUGAAGUUAGUGCCUUAGUGUGAUAGCAACAUUCUUCCAAUUUUAGGCCUCGAUUUUAAUAUUUUUGUCUACUUUUUUCCGCUGGUUUUAUAGUUUUGGAUAAACUUUUAAAAUUAUUUUCAAAAUAUUAAUAUAGCAAAAAUCUAUCAUAUAUAUAUAUAUAAAAAAUAAAAUCAAUAAAUAAAAAAGUUCAAACUAUUGAGAUUUUAAUAUAUUUUUGUAAAUAUUAAAUUGUUUUAAAAGUUCAUCCACAAAUAUUAAAUCGUUUAAAAAGUGUAACCAACAAAAUGAAAUCAAUACAUUGGUGUCACUGAGUUGGGUUGUCAGAUACCAAGAGUUUUUAGCUGCCAGUGUGAUUGUCCAGGAAUGUGGAUUUAGCACCUUUAGUCUUUUGGAGAAUAAUGCUCUUUAUAAAUAUAUUACUAUAUCUAUUUGUGGUCUAUACUGAAUCAUGAACAUUCUUCUUUUUUACCUUUUUUUUUUAAGGGACAGAACUUGACGAUGUGAAGAAAUUGCUGAAAGGGCGAUCGACCAGUGUCAGCCCCACCAGAUCCCCAACAAAUACCCUCCCCAUUCCUAAAAAAGCCACUGUGGAAACAAAGAUGGUAACAGAAAGCUCCCAAUCAGGUAAAGUUCUGCUGAAAGACUUGAUGGCAUCAUCUCGUGUUUUUAGAUGUGAUGACAUUCCACCAGUUGUUGAAUUACUAGGCUUAGACCUGUGGAUUUGAUCUUUAAAGAAGUUUCAUCAUUUUUAAUCUUAGGCUCAGGAGCUUAUGAAAAAAGAAAGGAAGGUGGAAUGAAAUCCCACCUAAUGGGGGCGCUAAGCACUAGAGAAAAUGAUAGUCUAAUGGAGGACUAUAAAUGUGAAAGAGUAAAUACUCUACGGAGACUUCGAAAAAUAGAUAGUAUAAAAAUACAAUUUAUUUUGCAUCACAGUGCAAUAAAUAUAUAAAAAGAGGAGUAAAUAGUAAAGUGCAUAAACAUCCAAUAUAAAUAUGGUAACAAUAUACAGUCCUAUUAUGAGACCUGGGAACAAAAACCCGGCAUCAACCACUAAACAAAACAGUAAUAGGUAUAAAGAUGAACUGAACAGCCCUUGGUCGCGACUUCCAGGGCUGAAAAAAUACUUGCAAACUCGAUCGGUAGUGGUGAUAUUGUGGUCUCUGGACUUAGAUUGGAUGAUAGAUGAGGCUCAACGCGUUUCGUCCCGCUUUGUUCAGGACUUCCUCAGGAGCUGUGUAUAUCUUCAGUUCUUCCGGAGUCUUCUUUUAUCUUCAAAUUUUCGCGCUCAAUUGAGUCAUUGCGCAUGCGCAAAAGGACACCGGCUUCCGUCGAGAUUGUUGCCGGAACACAACUUCAAUGCGCCCGCCUCCAAUCACUAUCGGGAAAUGACCAAUGCGCAUGCGUAGCCAAAUUGAUGCGUGUUGAAACUUUAUUAGCAUCCGAAUGGAGAGACACGUUGAAACAUAUAAGCUACAUAAGUAGCAGUUGCAUGUGUCAAUCUAUUCGUAACAAUGGAUGCUUACAGGCAGAAUGAUAUAACCUAAGCAAGCCACAAACUGAACAUAUAUAUAAAAAAAUAAUCAGAUAUAUAUAAAAAAAUCUAAUAAUUAGCUCUAAAAAAUAAAAUUUAGCAAAAGACUCAAAAAAAUAUAAUUUAAAAUUUAAAAAUGUUGUAUGUGUCAAUCAAUUAUGUGGCAAACCUUACAAUCUAGAGUCCAAAGAUGGACAGAAAUAUUAUUUCACCAUUGGAAUAUAUAUAAUAGGUGAGAAAUCAUUCAUAAUAAUCUGAAUAUCAUAUCCAUAAAUUGAUAGUUCUAUAACACUAGAAAAUUAUAUAUUAUAUAUACUAGCCAAAAAAGAGACCGAAUGGAUCUACAAAAUGAAAUCUUCCACUCCACUAGGUCUGAAUACAGAUCUAGAUAUUCUAGCUUUUAUGUGAUAUCUACUGUUUAUAAUAUAUAAUUUUCUAGUGUUAUAGAACUAUCAAUUUAUGGAUAUGAUAUUCAGAUUAUUAUGAAUGAUUUCUCACCUAUUAUAUAUAUUCCAAUGGUGAAAUAAUAUUUCUGUCCAUCUUUGGACUCUAGAUUGUAAGGUUUGCCACAUAAUUGAUUGACACAUACAACAUUUUUAAAUUUUAAAUUAUAUUUUUUUGAGUCUUUUGCUAAAUUUUAUUUUUUAGAGCUAAUUAUUAGAUUUUUUUAUAUAUAUCUGAUUAUUUUUUUAUAUAUAUGUUCAGUUUGUGGCUUGCUUAGGUUAUAUCAUUCUGCCUGUAAGCAUCCAUUGUUACGAAUAGAUUGACACAUGCAACUGCUACUUAUGUAGCUUAUAUGUUUCAACGUGUCUCUCCAUUCGGAUGCUAAUAAAGUUUCAACACGCAUCAAUUUGGCUACGCAUGCGCAUUGGUCAUUUCCCGAUAGUGAUUGGAGGCGGGCGCAUUGAAGUUGUGUUCCGGCAACAAUCUCGACGGAAGCCGGUGUCCUUUUGCGCAUGCGCAAUGACUCAAUUGAGCGCGAAAAUUUGAAGAUAAAAGAAGACUCCGGAAGAACUGAAGAUAUACACAGCUCCUGAGGAAGUCCUGAACAAAGCGGGACGAAACGCGUUGAGCCUCAUCUAUCAUCCAAUCUAAGUCCAGAGACCACAAUAUCACCACUACCGAUCGAGUUUGCAAGUAUUUUUUCAGCCCUGGAAGUCGCGACCAAGGGCUGUUCAGUUCAUCUUUAUACCUAUUACUGUUUUGUUUAGUGGUUGAUGCCGGGUUUUUGUUCCCAGGUCUCAUAAUAGGACUGUAUAUUGUUACCAUAUUUAUAUUGGAUGUUUAUGCACUUUACUAUUUACUCCUCUUUUUAUAUAUUUAUUGCACUGUGAUGCAAAAUAAAUUGUAUUUUUAUACUAUCUAUUUUUCGAAGUCUCCGUAGAGUAUUUACUCUUUCACAUUUAUAGUCCUCCAUUAGACUAUCAUUUUCUCUAGUGCUUAGCGCCCCCAUUAGGUGGGAUUUCAUUCCACCUUCCUUUCUUUUUCCAUUUAUGUUUAUUAUAGGUUUUUAGAGUGUACCUAGAGGGUGGCAGCUUUUUGCUUUAGAGCUUUAUCUGUUCUUUGGUUCUAUUUCUUAUUUUCAGGAGCUUAUGACACAGCUAUCCUGGAUGCUGCCAUGCCAUCAUACAUGUGGACCUCUACACUUCCAGCAGGAUCAUCGAUGGGUGGCUAUCAUAACAACAUGGGCUUUGGAGGAUCUAUGUUAAAUGCUCAAUCUUCGGGAUCAGGUAAAUAAUCCUAGUAUAACAAAUUCACUUUUUUUUGCUCUAGUGGUUUUUUUUUUAAAUCAAUCAGCUUCGCUCUCCAAGCACCACAGAUGAUUUAGGAUUUAGGGUUUACCCACUUCUGCAUCAGAAUUGCUAUUUAUAAACCUAAACCGUGAGAUCUAGAACGUAUGAUACAAUUUUAGCUCUAGCGUUCUUAUUUCCAUGUUUUCUUUAUUUCUUCUAUAGUAUUCGGACUUCCAAAUAAUCUUGCCCCAAGUUCUCCUUCUCUAAAUUCAGGAUAUGCUUCAUCCUCUGCAGGUAAGUUUCACUCUCUGUUAUGUAUUUUGGUCUUGAGUUACUUUAUCUUAUUUUAAGACAGGCAAUGUUAUCCGCGUCUAAAAAGCAUUUUUCACCUAUAAAUUUAAAUAGGUGUGUAUAACUGUAAAAUUGUGUAGAAUUUGCCUCCUUGAACUUCAUGUGGUCUGACCAAAUAUAUGUUGGUUAGUUAAAGGGGUAAUUUAAAGUGAAGAGACACUUUGCAGUAAUGGCUUAUCUAUUACACAGCUGUUACAUGGCCCAAUGCUAGCCAUGAUAAAUAAAUAUUCCUAAAUAAUAGCUGGAGUACCAAAGGUGAGCCUUCACUGCAUUAUAAUCUUUAUUUACAUUUUAGUGUUCUAAAAUAGAACACUCUGCACAACUCUUUGUAGAUAAGCAAUGGCUAUAUUGUCACAGAGAUUUAACCACCCAUGUGCCCUGUACACUAUUAUUUGUCCAAACAUAUUCCAUUCUUAGGAAUAAAACAUGUCAAAUGCAAUCUGUUUUUGUUAACAAUUUCUUAAUCUCAAUGGUUUUCUUGAUGCACAAAAUAAUAAUAAUAAAAAGUGCUUCAAUGAUACAUAGCUACACAUCUGCCCUACACUGUUUGUAGAUUAUAAAUGUACGGAAUUUUAUUGUUAAAUAUAAGCUAGUUUCACCAACCAAAUAAAAAACUAAUAAUUCACCUUUUUAUGGACAGUAUUUGGUGUUCAGAACAACCUUGCACCUCUCUCAGGACCCGGACACGGACCCGGACACGGACCCGGACCAGGCCCCGGGCCAGGAGCUCUUAGUAGUACCCUGGCUGCGACAACCAGUUCAGGUUUGUUUUUCAUGUAUUCCUAAUAAACAGUGGGACAUAUUCACUAAAGUGGGAAUUGCGGAGAACAGAUAAAGAGCUUGCCAUUAUUUAUUUAUUUUUUUUGCCAAAAGUUCCAAAUUGGAAAAAAAAAGUAAGUAAGACAUAAUUCCAGCUCCACAAUUUCAGCCUAAAAUAAGUAUUAUACCUUAUCUGUACCCCACAAUUUCAUAUUUUGUGAAUAAAUCCCAGUAACUGAUUAGAAAGUGUGCUUGGCUUCCAUAUGGACAUAGGUAUUCUCCUGAAUAAAAUGUUUUUACUCUUGUAGGAUACGGAGUGCAGAAAAAUGUCACACAGACCACUCACCAUGCCGCUCCUGUUACGGCUCCUCUAACCUCGUCAACUGGUGAGUGUUAAAUAUUGUCAACACUUUAAUCAAUUCUAGCGAUCGCAUUUUAAUUGUAUUAUUUUUCAUUUGAUUAUGUUCCUCUUUCCAUUUUUACUCAUUCCCUACAAUAUUCUCAAACUAUAACCUAAUAAAAGAAAUGAAAAGGAAAACAAUAGAAAUGAGACGGGAAAACCCUAAACAAACACGAUAUAAUAACAGCUCAAGAGAUUCACAUAUAAAAUAUGUAAUAUUACACAAGAUUCCCGUAGUGACUUCAUGUUUAACAAGUUCACAAAAAGAAGGCAAUAAAGAGCAAAAAAAAAAAAGAAAAAGAAAAAACGCAUUCUGUUGCUCCUUGAGGUUGUAUUGUCAGGUUGCCCAUAAAAUUCAGCGAUUUAUUCUUUUUUAUCCUUUUUUUACAGUUACGUCUGAGAAGAACUAUGAAGCUGCUCAGCAAGAAAUCCUCAGCAAGGAUUACAAGUUCCUGCUUUUAGAGAAAGAGAAGAGUCCUUCCAAAAAAGAAGAUAUGCUAAUCAUGUCUAAAGACACCGGCAAAGUAUUCACAGCCUCCAGUGGUGGAAGCUUAGGUGUGUAUCACAAACGUUUUUCUUUUUUAUUGGCAGAUAUACAAACAUUUUUUAUUUGGGCGGGUAUAAUAGAGGACUCUCUGGCAGUAUAUUUUCUCUCCAUUUAGAACAUACUGCUUAUUAUUACCUGUCUGUGGAUGGCUCUAUGGUAUUGAUAUAACAUGCAGACAUUCAGUUCUGGUCAAUGAUUCCAUAUUCAGACAAGGUAUUGUUUCUACAGGUUCUGCUGGUGACGAAUCAUUGAAGAAAGAAAAACAAAUGACCACGCGCGUCGACACUAUCUACAAAUCUGAAGCCAACGGUAAUAGACGGUGCCGCUGGACACCUUCCGAGCAUUGUAUACAUGAGUUAUAGUCAUUAUACGACUGACAAUAACUGUUUUUUUCUUUCUGAUUCAGGAGGGUUGAAAGUAACAAAAGACAAAGCCACCUAUGCAGGUAAGUAAAUAGAAUGUCUAGCAUUCGGUGGUUUCUGCAUCACUCUGAAAUUCACCGAAAUGUUAAUAAAUAUGUGCAUGUGGCAUCAGAGGAGAACAUGACAGCUUCCUGUUUUGUAUGCUGAUUUCACCACAGCUGAGCAAAUAAAAUAAUUUGAUGUCUGUGUCUGUCUGUUUAUAUAUCUAUCAAUCAUAAGAGAAUUUUCAUCUUGCUUCAACGUUAUUAAAUUGUUAGAUAGAGAGACAGACAUAGAACAGAGACUGACAGUAUUCAGAAAUGAAGUAUGUGUAAUUUUACGAGGGUAAUUAUUAACAGUUAUUUGAUUGCUACAUGUUUGACGUUCAACAUUUCUGACUGAAAGUGUGAGAAUAUUUUCUUAGAAAGGUCCUGUGGUAGUCCAUUUAUAGAGACUGUAUUUUUUUUUUUAUUAAUUGAGCACACUUCAUAUUGCAACUUUCUAACUGCAAUGGUCCUUAUAAAGACAGAUUGGUUUUUCACCUAGACUGCUCUGAUUGGAAUAUUAGUUUGUUCUGGUUUGCAGUCCCAUUUAUGGACACUGCGGGGCAUCUCGAAUCCUGGACAUUGGUCAUAGUAUCAAAUGGUGACGGGAUGCAGGCCAUUUAAAAAAUAAAGAAAUCUCAUUGUAUUUCCCUUUGAUGCAGAGAUACAUCGGGUUGACGGACACGGACUGAAAGCUGGAAUGGAUCAUUAUGAUGGCGGAAGAGGAGGAUCAGACACUGAUGUUAUUUGUGGACCUUGUGGUUCCUGCUGCAAAUGGUGGAUGUGGUCACUGGGCUUACUUUUGGGAUUGCUGACCCUCCUUGGUCUACUUUUUGGGCUCAUAUCUCUAUGUAAGAAACAGCUGUUAUCGGGCACUUAUAGCGUGCUAUGCUAGGUCACCCAUGAUAUACAUUGAUAUUGUCAAAUAUUCCAGUUCACCACUCAUUUCUUCUACUCCUCAUUUCUACCUAGAAGACUUCACCUCACUCUUUAGGGUUCUCUUGCAACCGUUAAUGCUUAAACAUUUUCUGUAUAACUUUGGGGUCAUGUAAUAGAUCAUCCACUAAUUCAUGGUCAAUAAUGAAAGACGCACUGUGCAAGCCAACCCAUUAAAUCUUUCCCAAUUGGAACAUGAGAUCUGCUGUGACUAUCCCCUCGUACACCUAUACAAAUAAUUAAAUAAACAAAUCAAAGCAUACAUCUCUACUCCAGACCACGAAGUCUAACUGAGGUCCCUGUAUCAACUUUAGAUCAUUAAAAAGUAAUACAAAACAUUCCAUCCCAGUUCAGAGUCAAUUUAGAUACCACAUUAUCACUGGUAAUAAUGUCAGUAGCUCGCUAGGAAAUAUUGUAUUGGUAUUGAUAUGCCUGCUGUAUUCCCCUUGGCUGGCGUGAUCUGCCAAGCCACUGUUUGCAUGUUCCACUGUUUUUCUAAUGUUUUUUUAAUUGAUUUAUUGUUAUAGUAAUUGAUAUAAAAUAUUGCAUCCAGAAUGUAUAUUGAUUUUUAUAUUUUUCCUUUUUUAGGGCAAGAUGUGAAGAAUCUCCAGUCUCGAGUAGAUACACUAGAAAGGGGUACCCCAAUAAACAGGGAUGCAAUUCAAUACUUACAGUCUCAGAACUUCCCCUCAUUAAAAUCUUCUUCCAAUUUACCUGUUGAUCAAGUUAGUACAGAUACAAGUGAAAAGGAUACUGGCGACCAAACUAAAAUAAUUUGGCAGUAUGUGAAGGACAGAUUACAGGCCGAAAGAGGUGAGAAUUUCUAACUCUUCAACAUAGUGUAUGUAUGUGCUAUUGUAUUUAUAGAUAAUAUUUGGGUAAAGUAGAAUUUGCGCAAAGUACAAAGAAAAUAAAGCCGAGAAGCGAGGAAAAACAAAUAUUUGUAGCCAUUAUAACAUCUUAUUAAUAAGAAGGACAAUAAAUACUACCAUGGGUGAAUUUCAUUAUACUAAUUAAUAACCUUAAUUAUUUUGAAACAACAGUAGUGUAGACAAUAUACAUUUACCAAUGUCUGGCUGGGUGGUUUUAAGGAAUUAAAAUGAAGAAAAAACAGUAAUUAUGAAAUAAUAGCAACAGAUAAACAUUAAUAUCAUUGUAUUGUUUUUUUUAAUUUAAAUCUAUUAUAAGUAGGCGACAUGUGUUAUUUCUGUUUUAACAUUUAUUGUGUGCUUAGUAUAAAUUUGUUCAUUUAUUUUGGCAGGAAACUUUGUUGGUGAGAAGGGUGCAGCUGGACAGAAAGGUAUGAAUACUGUAAAUGUGUAAAGAAUUUGGCUAGCAUAUUCUGUAUUGACUCACUGUAGUAUUUAAGAAAAUGGAAAUUGGUGUAAUUACAAGUGGAUAAUUAUAUGUAUUAAUCUUCCUGCACACAUGCCUUGCAGAAGAUAAUUUAAAAUGCACAGUACCAAAUAAAGACCACUAGGAGGUGCUGAAGCACUGUUUGAGCUCAAAUUAAAUUCAGAAUACAAUGUAACUCUUUUUAGUUUAAUUAUUUACAUUUGUAUUAUUGUCCAUAUUUCUUUUCCCAUGAGAUGAAUAACAUUUAUUUACAAACUGUCAAAAUAUUUUACAACUGUGAAUAAUCGUGUAAUGAUUCCUGAUGUGAGCUAUUUUCUUUCCUUUGUUCAGGUGAAAUGGGAAUUAAAGGAGACCAAGGUUAGUGAUAUGAGUUACAAUGGGAUACACAGGGUUAAGGGUAAAGGAGCUAAUUAGAUUUUUGUAAAUACCAUUAGCUAUUGGUUUAGUUAAAUGUGUUUUGUUUUUUUUAAAUACCCUUUUAAAACAGAUUUCAAGCUACCUUGCCAUUAUUGCAUCAUUAUUUGGGACUUUUUGGAACCCAUCACAUCCUCCUCUCCUCCUAUUUCCUAAUUUUUUUGCAUAGUGGGAAAUAUUACUUUCAAAGAGAAAUUCGCAAGACAUAACAUUAAACACCUUAACAACUGAUUGACUGUGUAGAUAAGUUUAACACAGCAAAUGUUAACAUUGGCAGUGUGUUACCUCAAGCAACCACGGCCAAAAGGUAGAUCUCCAACUAUUGUCCAAAUAUAUUUCCCUUGAUGCUUUGUCAACUUAAGGCCCUGACCUAAUGGCUGUGUGAGCAUUCUGGGAAAUGUAGUACACCUCUACCUCAUUUGCUGUCUGCCCUGGGUUCUGUUUGAUUCCAACCUCUCUUUCGGUGUUCAUGUCCUUUCAAUUGCCAAACAUCAUGCAGAUACCUUUACGAAUAAAUUAGAAAAUUAAUGGGAUUUCAAAGUAUUUGAUCACUAAUAUGCAACAUUUUACUUCACCAGGUGAACGAGGCUUUCCAGGACCUCAAGGUAAGAAUAAACUGCAAUAGAAGCACUAAUGUGAUAUCAUGGUUAUGCGUAGAGGGUAAUAUCUUCUACAAUAAAGACAUAAAAAAGUCAUAAUACACACUACACUUUGUAUAGAUGUUUAAUGAGCUCUUCUAAAGGUUGAUAAGGAGAUCAUUGAAAUAAGAGAGCAUUGCAAGACUGCAGAAAUAUCGGAGGCUUCAGUCAAAUACAAUAAUGGUAGCACAACCUUGAGUGGUGACCAUUGACAGUACCAGCCACACCAUCUGCCAAACAGCCUCAGUCCUUCUUCCACAAUACCCCUCACAGUCAGUCCAUUCUCAGAUAUGCUACAAAGCCACCCCACAGCUACCACUAUACCCUUAAUAUCCCAUAGAGCAGGGGUCAGCAACCUUUGAAGUGAUCUAGGUGCAAUGCCCCUGUCCUAUUAACACUGCAAAGUGAAUUAUUGCAGUUUCUUAGAAACUGCAAAAAUUAUAUUGCAGGGUUAACUCGUCCUAGAGAAGCUUACUGGAGUUUCUCAGAGCUUUAUGCUGUGCAAUGACGCUGGAUGUCCUCAUGCUUUGCAUAUGCAAUAGGUUUCUGAAUUGCUGUGACAUCAGCGGAGAAGGGUCCCAAUCUAGCACCAAGAGAUAUCAGUGUUGGAAUCGGGAAAGUGAGAAAAGGACUAUUAACUAUUAAUUGUUUGUCGCCAGGAUGGACACCGCGGACGUAGAGGGAAACUGUUAUGUUAGGAAUACGGUUUUGUAUUCUUAACACUAUAGAGUUCCUUUAAGAAAAUCCCUUUUCCUAAUUUUGAUCUUUCUUCAGUAUAAUGACCUAAUUUGGUAUCUUUAUGUGGAACUGCCAUAUUUAAGGAUACCAAAUUAGAAAGCCAAAUUAUUCUGAAAAAUAAGUUCCCGCCACACUUGUCUUAUUUAGCAUCUUGGUGAGCCAGUUCCCUAUGAUUUUAUCAUGGGCAAUUACUGGCUUGACCACUGCAGGGGGUGGGCCUUCUAAUUCCUGCGGGCAGUUGAUUGCUGAAGCCAGCUAUAUAGCCCACCACCCUUCCACAAUAUCUUCCUGUGCCAGAACUGUAUUACUACAAAAAUGCAUGGGCCCAUCACUUGCAAACAUACUUAAGUCUGGGAUUUAAAAGCGAGAUCUGUAACUGUACAGCCACACAAUUCUGGACUUUAGUUUCUAGAGCCCAUCCAUAGAAACACACAUGCUGAACACAUACUUGUUUUAACAUGCUAUUGUGCACAUCUUUCUUUAUUAUGGGGUAUAUUUACCAAUACCAUAUGUCUUAUAAACUCGCUUGCCAGUAAAAUGAAUCCCUAUCUUGUUUUAUACAUGGCUUCAUUACAUGGUCUUUUCACUUGUAUUUUAACAGGAGCUCCAGGACUUAUUGGACAUACCGGGUCAGAAGGUCCAAAGGGACAGAAAGGCUCUGCUGGUGAGUUCCACUUGAUUUCCUUAAAACUUUUUGGUUUGGCUCAGUUCAAAAUAUUCUCAACCCUCUGUAGCCGAGCAACUAAAACUAUUUAUUUCCCAUUGUUAAAAUGGGAAUAUUGUCUGUAAACCAUAUUCAGGAUAGACAUCAAUGUACAUUUUGUCCUCAAGAAUCCUCUUUCUUUAGUCCCCCAAGACUCCAUUUUGUUUGUCUGAAUAGAGUAUGGAAGCUGUUCAUAGGAAGAGGUAGCAUUCUGCUCCUUUCUCCUGCUUCUUUUUUCUGUUUCUUUUCCUGGGGAUUAACAUCCCCUUGUGCCCUGGGCUGCACGUACAUUGUUAUGUCCUUUUUUAACGCUAUAAUACAUUCUACUUUAUGUUGUAUUCUGGCCUGCAUGUCUCUUAUUUUGACAGUUCUUUCAUCCUCCUUUUUCACUAUUGUGGUAUUGUAAAAAAAAACAACAAAAAAAACCCAUCCCUUUAGUAAACACUUUAAUUUUCAAAGGACAUAUACGAAUGUAAAGGCAUGCACUUUGGUAAACUGAACGUUUAGAAACAUACGAAUAGAUAAAGAGUUUUUAUCUGACUGUGUGGAUGUUGGCCAUUAAAUGACUUAUGUCUAUAGGGUCCUCUCUACCUUUUGUAUUUGUGUGUGUAUAUUGUAUGUUCUCCACUAAUUGUACAGCGCUGCGGAAUCUGUUGGCGCUUUAUAAAUACCAGUAACAAAUAAAUAAAUAAAUAUAGGUGAUGCUGGUCUGGAGGGACCACCUGGACAAAGAGGGAGAGAUGGCACAGCAGGACCUCGUGGUGAACCUGGACCAGCAGGUGUUGGAGAGAAGGGAGACAGAGGUAUGGACAUGUACCUUUCUAUCUACAUCUAUAAUUUGGAUAGCAAAUAAUGCACUGGGGGAUUUGUAUGAAGAUCAAUUAUGGGGCGUUCUAGAAUUGGACAAAUCUACAUUUCAACAUAACAUUGUUUCCAUGGUGAUUGAUCAACUAUUAGAACUUUAUCCCACAUUUGUUCAUUGUUUAGGUGAUGGGUAAUUAGGUAUUUACUUGUGUUUUUUUCAUAAUGAGUGGACUGUUUUCUUUGUUUUUAUAGGUACACCUGGUGAACCAGGGAUACCAGGAUUGGCAGGUCAACCAGGACCAAUGGGUCUUAAAGGUAAUAACGUUGUUUUUUUGUGUCAGGUGACUACUCAAUCACUUUAAUCUAGCUCAGAGAAAUAUGGACUGAUUAAGUUUGGUGAAAUUUAAAAGUGAUUUCAGCAUAGGGUUCAGAGUUCCAGAUUGACAGCGAUAAUACCCAGGAGCUCCAUUUCUGCAGAGUAGUAAGCUUUCUAACAAGGAAACUAACAAGCUACUUUGUAACUGUCCACUUUAAUUCCUUUUUUUAAUGCAGUAUUUAUUCAGUCAAUGAGGAAAAAGACAUUGAUUGUUACAUUUGUCAACAGUAAAUGUGUAAUUUUUAAUGAUAUUAAGCAAAAAAUGUUGUAGGAAGGGAAAGAGUUAAGCUGUUUUAAUCACUGUGUUACCGAGACAUUGCAUUUCCCACGUAACAUUAAUUGACUAAUAAUUCAAAAUUCACGAAGGAACGUGAGGUAAUAUUGACCCAGUAACAGUGGAAAUUGGCAAAAAAACAACAACGAUUUGCUCAUCCAUUAGUACAUUUGUGUUGUAGUUAAUGUGCAUUAGGUUUCACUAAGUCUAGGGAUCAAAAAUAACAGGAUACUUGAAAGCUGUACCAACCAUAUUGUAAGAAGGCAACUGUAUCAACUUCACCAUUAACCCACACUCUCAACUAAUGCUCUUUUUAUAAUACCUAUAGGUGCCAUGGGUCUACAAGGUCCUCAAGGUGUUGCAGGUAUGUAAUAAAAAAUGUGUGAAUUCAAAUAUUGACUGUACCGAGGUAGUUAAGAUAUUCUUAUUUUAGUAUAUUCCUAUAGGCAAGAAUUGAGUAUUGUAGAUUCGCUGUCUGCCUGUAUGCAAAUAUUACAUAGUUACGUAGCUGAAAAGAGACUUGCGUCCAUUAAGUUCAGCCUUCCUCACAUUUGUUUUUUGCUGUUGAUCCAAAAGAAGGCAAAAAAAAUCUAUUUUGAAGCUCUUCCAAUUUUGCAACAAACUAGGAAAAAAAUUCCUUCUUGACCACAGAUUGGCAGUCAGAUUUAUCCUUGGAUUACGAAGCUAUUACCCUACAUUGAAAGAUUAUAACCUUAUAAUGUAUAACUUGGUUUAGCGAAGUAACUAAGCUGUGUGUAAUAAUAUAUUACAUAUCAUUUUAUAAGGGCCAUUAUUAAUAACGUUAUUUUAUCACUGCGAGUAAGACUUUGGUCAAUUCAACUUAAUUAUUUACCACUGUAUGUAGAUUAUUAGUUUAUCAUUUUUGUAGUAAUAAAGUAGACCUACUUUAAUGUGUGAGUGAUAUUUCUAAUAAAAUCUACAUUUGUAUUUUUUUCAGGUAUUCCAGGAAUUCAGGGAUACAGAGGGGAAGCAGGACAGCCAGGUCCAAAAGGUAAGUUGUACUGCUAGGUGGUCCAUGUGAUAGCUUCCAGUAUUUGACAGCACAGAUAUUUCCCUUAGAACGUGUUAGACUGUAUGCGAGAUUGCAUGUGCAAUGGUUUGAGAUAUUUACAAGUCUCCUACAGGAAAUAAUGGGAGCACCACUUUUCUACCACCUCUUUAAUAAGAUUAUAGUAUGAAAUAUUUUAAUAUUUUAUUUUAGGAUUUUUAAUAUUUGACCUGAUAAAAUGUUUUUUUAAUGUAAAAUCACAACAAAUAUUUCCCUUUUUUUUUAUAUCAGGUGAUAAAGGAUCUGUUGGACCACCAGGCGUUAAAGGUAUAUUUAUCUCCCAUUGUAUUCAUUUUUGUUUAAUAUGGCAAAGGGAACUGGAUGCAUGCAAAUACUGAUUUAACCAAAUGUGGUUUUCAUAAUAAUAAUUAAAAAAAAUAUUGAAUUUCUUUUAGGUGACCAAGGUGAAAAGGGAUCCAGAGGUCUUACAGGUCAGUAAAUAAAAUAAAGGUUAGGGUGAAUUAUGGAGAAUGCAAUGUUUUGGGGUGCUUGAUUUAUAGGGUUGAGUAGCUUAGUUAUAUAUACAUGGCCUUCAUUUGGUGCCCUGUAGAGUAAACAAUGGGUUCAUCAGGAGAUGCCUACACCCUUACUAAUUAAAUGGGCAUGAAAUGGGGAAAAUAUGCAGCUUGGGAAGCCAAAUAGGGGAAAUACGGUGAAACGUGACCUUUGAACAGACAACUUGAGACUUAGAGUCCCUUGAGUCAGAGAGUCCAGAAACUGUUCUUUUAAAGGCUCCCUUUAAACCUGGUCCUGAGGACUCAUUGACUAAUUUAAGCUUUAGCUGUAGUAAUGAUAAUAUAGUAAUUUGGCUCUCUCUUUAAAUUGAUGUUUUUAAAAAAUUUAUUUACAGGAGAACUCGGUCCACGAGGAUUGCCAGGUCCUUCUGGAGAGGCUGGUGCCAAAGGAUCUGCAGGUAUGAGACCCCAAAAUCUUCAGAUCUGUGCAAUUAAAGGGACACUUCCCUUCCCAAAUACAAACAAUAAAAUAUAAAGCUAUAUAGGUAGAUAUACCACCAAUGAAAACAUGCAUAUAUUUAAUUAUACAUUGUUUUCAUUGGGGGUACAUCUAAAAACUAGUUGUAAAAGCUGCAGAUCUCUUGUCUGCAGCCUUUGCAAACUCUAUCCUUCUACUCGGCCCAGACUUUCUGUGGCUGUCCAAACACAGAAUCCCCUAUUCUCCCCCGAUCUAAACAGCCAGGAAGUAACAGGACCUGUUGUCUGAUUGAUAAGGGGGAAGUGACAGGACCCAAUGGGUGGUACAAGGUUAAUAAAUAAAAGUGCCAAUUUCAAUUGAAAUCUAAAUGGCGAAAAAAGGACACACACUACACACAUAAAGCACUCCAGGAAGCAGAAGUGAUUUAAGGGCGAGAGUAGAUAUAUGAUUGAUAUAUGAUUCUAGAAUUCUAUGCAGAAAUCUCAAGAAAUGGAAAUUUUGUAUUUAAAUUAAGGCUAAUGUUUGGACAGUAUGUAAUGAGUAAACAUGUUAAAGCACUAAGGUUAUGCUGCUUUUUUAAAAAUAUUUACAAAAUGUGUCCUGUUUUAAUAUCAUUAUAAGUCAUUUUCUUCAGAAGGCCUAAAAAGGCUUUUUCCAAGUGUUGAUUUUUGUUUCCCCCAUGAUUAAGCUUGUUUUGUUACAAUUUUUCUCACAGCUAGCUUUGUUGAAGGCUGACCUGUUACUAAAUACGGGAAGCUAAUCACAAACUUGGAAACCUGUAAAAGUCCUUAAUUUUAAACCAUGAUUUUAAAAUAGGUCAACAUAAAAAAGCAAAAACAACAAAUAAACAAGUAAACAACAAGGUGAGCGAUAUCAGUAUAGAAAUAGAUUCCCGGACCUGUAUUAAAGGAAUAUACAACCUAAGGGAUUCAAAAGCAGGGAAAAAGAACUCUGUGAGUCGAGGUGCUGGAAAAGGAAAUCCUUGAUAGAUAUUUGAAGACCUUUCUUGGAGCUCUAGACCAGUUUAAGUUUCAAAACUAACUUUGUCACAAAAAAAAUAAAAAGAGUAAAAUUACAUUGUGUUGCUAGCAGUCCAAGAAUAGCCCAUGUCUAGAGGUUCCUGGCAAGUUCCUUCUGUACCCUGCAAUAAUUUAUAUCCCCAGCAGAUGGUGCUGUUAAUGAAAGUACUUUGUUGACUUAGCAUAAAAAAGAGACUUAAUGGAUUUUUCAGAAUGAGUAUUGUUAAUUUCUUGAAAGGCUGUAUUGGCAGAGGAUGUUCAUAGGAAAACCGCAUACAAUAUUCACGCACUAUGCUGCAUGCAUUUUUAUCGUGAUUACUUUAAUUUUAUAUGACAUUUAUUUUUUCUAAAACAUCACUGCAAGAAAUUGUGCAUUUAAGCACUGAUCAAUUUCAAAUGAUAUCGAUACAAAGCCAUUGUCUGAGCAGCCUUACUACCUGUUUGAACGAUUCUGUAGAAUGUAGCAAUGAGCCAUGGUGGAAUUGUAAAUCGCAAAGUUGUAGUCUCACUCUAAUCUAGAUACCUUGGGUAUUUUAGCAAAGAACGUCCACCGGGUUUACAGUUGUACUAGACUUACAGAGCAAUAACAGGAUACAUUUUUCUAUUCACAAAUCACUUUAACAAAAACAACAACAAAAAUUGAGCCGCAAAGUAUAAAUCAAUAUUUGUAUUCUUUGACUUACACCUAAAUGGAAACCCUAAACAUUCCAUUAGUAUGGAGGCCAAACAAAGUCAGGCAAACUUUCUGACUUUGCCCCUAAAAUAUAGUGCCCUUGGCAUUGCAUGAGAUUGUUUUGAAUAAAAAAAUACACCCACUGACUCCAUUAUUCCUUAAAUGUCUUGCAAAAAAAUAAAUAAAGCAACAUUAAAUAGAUUGAGGACAGUUUUUUAAGGUCCGGAUUUCAUUGGUUUAUUUGUUAUCGUUUUUCCCCUUAAGUGCCUUUAUUUUAUAACCAUUGUUAUGUUGCUAUUGAGAUUCGUGAAGAGAUUAGAGCUCCAGCUGCAGUUACAUUUGAGUCUCGUCUACUCAGCAUUUCCUACAUCCAAAUAAAUGAAAAUAACACAAUUAAGUUUGGUAAUAACAUCUAGACCCUAGUGCAGGGUUAGGCAAUCUUCGGCAAUCCAGAUGUUGUAGACUGCAUCUUCCAUAAUGGUCUUAGAGCCAUAAUGCUGGCAAAGCAUUAGGGGAGAUGUAGUCCAUAGCAUCUGGAGUGCUUAAGGUUGUCUAACCCUGCUCUAGAGCAUACUACAAAACUACCAACAAGAUGCUCUUCUAUUAAAUUGAUAUUCGUAUUACAUUAAAACAUGACACUAAAAGAACCUAUCAGAUGGAUCGAUACAUUGUAUUUGACUAUCAUACUUUUGUAUCAUUACAUGCUGUGAAGGCCCAUAUGGUUGUCCAUUCUGUAUCUAAGGACAGUGCAUAUAUUCAUAUUAUGUUCAUAUAUUUGGUGACUAAUUAUCUAUUUUCAUUUUAGGUCCUCCUGGCCCAGAUGGUCACCAAGGACCAAGAGGUAAGUUAUAAAAUUUGUUUGAACCUAGAGUUGCCAAAUAUUUCUUAGUGCUUAGAGGACAAUGAGCUAUUGACCUGCUUCUGAAAAAUGUGUGCAUACCAUGCAAUCUGGAAUUAUCAGGUGCCCUUUUAAGGGGUUCAGUAAAGAUCAACAAUCUAAGUUGUCUGGAAAUAUUUGUGUAUAAUGUUGUUGUUUUUUAUUUUUUUAUUUAAGGUGAGCAAGGACCUCUGGGACUGCCAGGACCAAGAGGGCCACCAGGAUCAUCUGGAGAUCCUGGCCUCCCAGGUAUGUAGAAUUAUUAUGCCAAUAUAGAAUUUGGGGUCCAUUAAUAAAAUAGAAAGUUGACAACCGAUUUGCAAAAUAUAGGCCAACAUAGAGUAGAAAAAUAUGUAUUUGAGAAUUUUUUUUAAGUUCAUCUAUUUUAAACAAUUACAGAUUUCAGUGCUCAGUGCAGGAAACUGUAUUUUGUGAAUUUGCCUUCUACCGGAUUUGUUCAGAGUGAAUUGGGUUGAAAUUCGUUGUUUGACGAAACAUGUAGAUUCUAUAUAUCAGAUUCACAUUCACAUGCGUGAAUGACUGAUUUUGAAGGAUACAUCAGAUGGUACUGAAUGAGCUGUGCCAUUUCAUUUGAAAUAAUCAAAUUUCAGCCAGAUCGGCGUUUAGUACAAGAAUUACAAAUUUAUUUGAAAUUCAGCUCUUUUAACUGAAUUUUGAUCUGGUCUCGAUGACAGUAAUAUUUAUCUUCGAAUGUUCUGCAUCGUUUACUACAAAGCUGUUUAAAUUGAAGAAUUGAUUUGCAAGUGAUAAUGGUUUAAACAGAGUUAAAGGCUCCUUUUGAAACAUGGAUUUUAUGAUAUUAGUUGUUAUUGUCAUCAAUAUUAGUCUGCCACUAACAUUACUUGUCUGAAGGAAGCCAUGUCUGUCCAAAGUUGAGAAUGUGAAACACAUUAAGUCGGUGAAAGUUUACCGUAUACAUUAUUAAUCUUACUACUUUAUCUCACAAAGAACGUUGUAUCCAAUUCCACAUAAUGCUUUCUGUUUAGUUGUUUAAUAAUUCAUACUAUGAAAGGGGAUCCACUGCAUGGUUUGGUUUAAGCUGCAUUUGCUUAGCACAAUGUUUACCUUGCUAUGCCACAACAUAAAUUUACAAAAAUGACUUAUUUUGUCUGUUUUUACAGGCCUUGCUGGAGCUCAAGGACCACCAGGUAAAAGAUCCAGUUGGCCUAUAGUUUUUACAUUAUGUCAAAUAUAUAUACAUAACCUGGAAGGAGAAACCGUAAUUAUUCAGAAUGAUUUAAGAGAUCCAGAAAAUCUGAGAUUAAAAUAAAUUAUCUAAUUGGUAUUUCCCAAAGCAGAGAUGGGGGACAUGUCCACCACAACAUGUUUCCUGUGAUUCUCAAGUAGCGAAAUGACUUGCUGAGCAUCGUGAGACACGUAUGGGGAGAUUUAUAAACAAGUUCUGUUCUAAAAAGUGCUCUAAAGAACUUAGAUUAGGGCAAUCACCAUGGAACAGUGGUGGCACAGUCCAUUGUUGAUUUCCCUUCUUUUAAAUUUUUUCACCCCCUUUUAAAAAAAAAAAAAAAAAAAAUCUUUAAUAGCAACCCCCCAGUUGUUCAAUGCAGUUUUCAUGCCAAAGGUUAGCUGUUACUGUUCCAUAUAUAACUUUGACAAAUCGUCCUACUCUAAGCAGUUAAACUCAGCAGGAGGCCACAGUACUUUGACCUCACCUAGUACAGUGUAAAAUCCGUGGAAACAUAUUCUCUAAGGACUGCAAAGAAAACGUUUCCAUCUGAAUUUUAACAGCAAUGUAAAAUCAAUUUGUUAAUAAGGGAUCAGACUCUCAGGAACAAAUGCUGGAUUAGCAAUGUUAUACCACGGUAAAUGCUCCAUACUCAGUGUAAAAAACGAACAACAAAUAAGGCAUUCACAUUCCAUAUGUUAAAUGUUUGUAAAAAGCUUCAAAUUGCAAUCAAUAUGUCAUAUACUAUAGGUUGUGCCUGUACUCAUUCAAAUUGGUGCCUUCUAUCUCCACUUUGUGAACAGAGUAACGCAAAUGAAAAAAAUAGGAUUUUUUUUCAUAAAUUAACUGAGAUUUAAAUAUAUUACAUAUAUUAGCAUAGCAUACACUAAUGCCAGAUGAGAGUAACAUAUUGUUAUCCAGAGCUCAAUGAUAAUAAUCCAGCUUACAAAAACGACAUCCGCUAUUUUAUUAGUAGUAUUCCUUGUCUUUAAGUUUGUCAAACAAUCUUGUUGAACGUGUUAGAAGAAAAGGAAAUACACUGAGCAUAGGUAGUAUCAGGACAUUUGAAGGGAAUAACUGUGUGAAUGCGAUAGCAUACCCUGAUACAUUUACCAUACAAAAAGACUUGAAAUGGGACAAUAACAAACGUACUCAACAGUAAAGCAUUUUAUCCAUUGGGAAAAUCUAGAUUGUGGUCCUUAUAUUGUAGCCAUCUUGCCCUUCUUUCAUAGACAGGUUUCAAUUCACCUAUAGCUUGGCAACUGGAAAUUAAUCCACAGUAAUUAAAUACAAUUUACGCCAUAUUUUCUAAUUCAUAUUUGCACCAGUCCUAGAUGUUACUGAAAACUUAUAUCAAUAUUUGUUGUUUUAGGACCACCUGGUACCCCUGGCAGAGGAGGAACAAAAGGUACAUUUAAAUAAGAUGCUAUAAAAUAUACAGCUUUUAUAUUUAUUUAUUUAUUAUAUAAACUGUGACCUGGUAGAGUAAAGCAUCAAUGUAGUUGGCUCGCCAUGUAAGAUAUUGUUUUUUCAGUAAUGUAGAUCAUUACUUUGUAUGCAGUCGUUUGUAUGCAAUUCUUGAUUUGCGAUUAGAGUCUGUAAUAUAUUAUUAAAACAACUAAGCUUAUCUUGAAAAAGUAUAAAACCACAAUUAUCCUAUUCUCUGCACUGAUACUUACAAUAUAGGGCUCUUCUGAUCUUUUAUAAGAUUUGGAAUAUAACUCACAUUUUAUAAGGUACCGAUGCUGAGGCAUAAUCGCAAUCAUAAAACCAUUAUUUGUUAUAUAAGGUAUUGACAUUGUUUAAAAAGCCCUCUGGCUUCUGUAUCAACACAAUUGUGUCAAUGUGAAUCCGAUGUAUCUAAUGCAGUUAGGUUAUUGAGGUUCUAAUUACCACGUGUCCUUCUGUAUGUUUGGAUAAUUUUAGUUCCCUCUCAAAUACUUACAAAUAAUGUUUUUGCCCAUUGAUGCUCAAGUAUUGAUAAAACGAUUCUCUCCUACAGGUGACGCUGGAGAACCAGGACGAGUCAUUAAUCAAGGUGUGUAGCAAAUUAGUUUAGUAAGUUGUGUUAAAACAUAGAUCUUGUUGUCCUAUACAAUACCUUCCAUAAUCUUUCACCAUUCAACACAAAAAGGUGACAGUGAAAACGAAUGGUUGCUGAUAGAAUGAUAGAAUAGUCUGGUAUGGAUUAUCUACAGAGUAAAAUAAUAAAGUGUAUAAUUAAAUAAAAUAACACACGGGUAUGGAUUCUCAAUGUUUGGCUAUAAUAUUAAUGUCAUCAUGCAUCGUGUUAUUUUAUUAUUUCUAUUUCACUGACAAUAGAAAGAAAACACGGCAUUCUUGAACCCAUGUUUACAGUUUGUGUUAGUCAAUAUCUGGUCAAGAUGCCGUCUACUCAGACCUAGCUACAAUCCUCUAGUCGACUUCAAUACUCUUCAUAGCAGUAGUUCAAAUUAAAGCUGACAAUUGCCCCGUUGGCUGUUAUCCUAAAGCUCUAACAUUGAGAUGAGUCUUGUGUCUCUUUUUAAAUAAGCCUAGUUAGUAUGGAUUUUUUUUCACCAUCUGCAAACAGUGUAACUUGUUUUUGGAAGCCACGGAUAUAGCGCAUAGCUAAAGUCCAGAAGUGGGAAAUGGAAUAGAAAUAUCUUUUAAUGUUAGGCGUUCUUCUUCUUAUUGAAAAGAGCUUAUAAUCCGACACCAUACCAACGGACCACACAUGCUCUGCAUAAUGUAACCAUAAUUAUCCAUAUUACAAGCUGGUUAUUCGAUCUUGCUGCUAAUUAUACUCUUCUCCCAAUAGUUAUCUUUUCCUUUUUUUUUUUUUAUCCAUGUGCCAGUUAAGCCACUUGAGCUUAUGAUAUAAGGUGGACAGUCAUCUAUCAUUUCUACACAGUCAUAGUACUUUUCUUUAAUGUAGUUACAUAAAACCAGUGCAGUUGUGAUAAUUUUUCUUUUUGUUAUUUUAGACGGUGGUAGUUAUGCUCUUCCUGGACCUCCUGGACCUCCAGGACCCGUUGGCCCAUCAGGAUCACCUGGUGUUCCAGGUAUGUAGACAUGUCUGUGUGUAUCUCAGUGCAUUAUAUAAUGUAUAGGGUAAAAUGAGAAGCAUCUCAUGGCAAACAAGCACAUCACAGAUAAUUUUCUCUGCAAAAAAAGAUCUCUGUCUCCAAAAAUGAUUUCAAACUCUUCACACUGUGGUUCAGUGACUGUAAACUAAAACAUUAAUUUAGUAAUUGGAAUAUUCACAUUCAAAAGUGAAACUGAUAAGCGUUUAACUUUGUCUAACAAUUCAGGAUUCUGAUAUAUAGUUUAUGAGAAUAUUUUGUUUCAUUUGGAUCAAUUAUGUUUUAAAUCCAGGUCCAGUUGGACCAUCUGGAAUUCCAGGACAGCCAGGUAAGUCAUAAUUUUUUUAAAGAGGAAUUUACCUGAAUUUUCAUAGUGAUAAAUAUUUGUUCGAUGAUCUCAUCUCUUACUUCAUGCUUUCGAUUUUUAGGCACAAAAGGAGCACGCGGAGAUCCUGGUGAACCAGGGAUCACUUAUUCCAGACCAGAAAGUAAGUCUUUGAUUAACACACAUGGUUUUGCAAUAAUAAACAUUUAUUUUAAAUACUCAAAAGCUUUAAGACACGUGUGUUUUCUCACCUCAUUAGGUAAUUUUAUUUUGAGAUCAUGAUAAACUCUCCUUACAUCGUACACUACUUCAUCAUCUUAUUUCAGCAAAUUAAUUUAUUUUAUCUUUUUAAUAACUAAUUUUAUUAUCAAUCAGUACAUUUCAUCAUCUUUACAUUCAUCAGAAUUGCAAUGAUAUGCAUUUAUUGUAUAUGUAUAUAUUAAUGUGUUUUCAUUCCUUUCAGAUACCUUCGCAGCACAAAGUAUACCUGGACCCCCUGGCCCACCUGGACAACCUGGACCACCAGGUCCCCAAGGAGUGGCAGGUAAGCGAUAAAACCCACAAAAUCCAAGUACCACUGUUACACAACUGAUAUGAAUGUCCCAACCUUCUUAAAAACAAUAGGCAAAGGAGAGAGCACAUGGAGAGUAAAUAGGGAAAUUGAAUUUCCAAAGAUGGACAUGGAACCCAAGAAGCACUUUGUAAAGAUCACAUUUUUUUAAAAUCUUGACGUAGUCAUUAUUAUUUUGAGUUAUAAAUCUUCUUUUUUGCUGAGUGUCAUGAUAAUUUUCUGGCCUGAGAAUUUAAAGGAGGUGAGCUGUAAACCAUAUCGAGAGGCAAAUAAGAACCCACAUACCAUUCUAGAUUAGUAGAACUUAAGCUUUGUGCAUUCAACUCUCUAAAUAGCCAAAGAAUGCCGGUCUCACCCCAUAGAACCCAAAGGCUUUCAUACCUCGAUGUCCUAAGUGUACCAUCUGAAUGCUUUGCAUCAGGUCUUUCAGCUGCUGUACAAGGAUACAUAAUUUCUAUGUAGAGUUUGGUUCUCCAUUCUCACUGUAUCUAGAGCAAUAACAAUAUUCCUACAAUCACACGCAAGUGACGUAAAGGAAAGAAAAUCAACUGGCAUUGGUAAAACACUCUGUUUAAAAUAAACUUAUCCUAUGCCUUCUUCCAAUGGAGUUUAUUCAGUAAACCAAUAACUGUUGAGAAUUGCCAACUUUGGGUUAACAUAGACAUGCUGUGACUUUAGUAGAUAUUUUUUUUUUUUUUACCAAAUCAGUUAUUGUGGCCUACAUUUUUGCAAUUCGGUUUUCAAGUCACUGCAAUUUACACUUGAGUGAAGAAGCCUCAAUGUUUCAUCAAUCAUUUAAUUGUGACAAUAUUCCACAAUUUCCUGUCACCCAUUCAUUCUACAUCCACACAUUUACCUCAUGGAAAUUCUUUGGUAGUUUAGGAUCUUGUAGUGUAUAUUUUAAAAGGAAAAUGCUGAAGGUAUGCAAACGGUGUAUGUUUUUACAUUUUAGCAUCUCUUAUCUCUCUUUAGCAUCUCUCUAUAUAUUUUUUUUUCUUACAGGAAACUCAAUUCAAGGACCACCAGGACAAGCCGGUCCACAAGGCCCACAAGGUCCUGCAGGUCCUGCAGGCCCAGCUGGUCCACAAGGCCCACCAGGUGGGGCAUAAAUGAUGAUUGUAAUAAUGUUCCUUUCUGAUCAGCAUGGUCAGAAUUAAAGCUGAUUAAGACAUAUAAAACAAGAUGCUAAAAUCUCCCUUGUCUUUUUGUUGAUCAGGAGAUUCCAAACCAGGCGUCAAUGGAACUCCUGGCACAGCAGGUCCCCCCGGGCCACCAGGCCCUGCAGGUCCACCAGGAUCUUCUGUUGCCGCAUCAGGUAAAUAUACAUUUUCUGAUAGCCUGAGUAUCCCAUAGCAACCAAAAUCAAUCCAUUUAAUAUUGUUUCAUUUUUACAGAAACCAUCGUUUCUGGACCACCAGGUCCUCCAGGUGUCCCAGGAACUAAAGGAGAUCCAGGUAAAAUAUCCAGACGAACAAAUGUCUGUAACAAAGAGCUAAAAUGAAAGACUCAACAUCUAUAGAUCUGUUUGGUAUGCUGUUGUGUAGAAUACUUAUUGAUAUUUGUAAUUUUCCAAUAGGUGAUCCAGGUCAAAGAGGCCAGCCAGGACAACCAGGUAAAUACAGAAUUAUUUCAUGAGAAUCCUUGACACAGUUUACAUUUAUUAACUUACUGCAAUUUGCCAGUACAUUAAUUUUUCCUGCGCAAAUGAGUAUAAAUACAUGAAGCAUGACAUAAUAACAAAAUAAAUUAAAUUUCACUGUAUAGCUAGACAACACAUUGCGUAUCAAGAGUAGAUGGAGUAUCUCAACUCUAAAUUCAUCAAUGUUCUACACAUUAUCCUAUUAAGCUGAAUGUCUAUGGACAGUGAAAUUACCUUUAAAGUUUGAAAGUUCUCUAGAAUGUGCAGGACCAUUAUACUCCCACCUUGAGUAUAGUUUUUGUUUUAGAAAACUUUCUUUUUAUGACACUACUUAUGAGGUCCUUUUACCAAAUUAAAAACACUAAUUACAUAUUUGAGCUACUAACGUAAUGUGAUUUAGGCAACCAGUAUAAACAAAUCAAGGUAGAAAUCUGGAUUUGGACUCGAGAUUUGGAUUGGACAGUUUUAACAUAACCAAUAUUGUUUUUCUAAUACAGGUCAACCAGGUGAUCCCGGCCAACCAGGACUUCCAGGAGGACCAGGACGUGAUGGUCAGUUUCAACAGAAAAUAUUCCCUCUACUGCACAAAUCUUACAUCUCAAAUAACAGAGGCUUUAAAACUAUUCUUUAACUUUUCCCUAAAGGACCUGCAUCGGUUGGACCUCCAGGUUCACCAGGCUCACCAGGCUCACCUGGCUCACCAGGACAACCAGGAUCACCAGGACCACCAGGAGAGAGAGGUAAGGAACUGUAAUAUGUGGAAAAGAACUGGCAAAGAUAAGCGUUGAAGCUGGGCUCAUAAACUGUUGUUUUCAGAGACAAAAAACUAUCCAAGUUUUAUUUAUAUAUAAACUGGAACAGAACUUGCUGAUCCAUAAAUCCUAGAUAACCGGUGGGUCCUAAAUACAGGUUAUGAAAACUUACAGUUAAAAAUCCCAACUCCUCAGUCUAUAAUCCAAAACCUAUAAUUUCAAAUAUAUUUUUAUAUUCAUAUACAGCAAAGACACAAGAAAUGAUACCUAGCUAAAUAUUUACUAUAAAAUAUCAAAAAUACUACUAAUUCAGUUUGGCCCCUCGAUUGAGCUUACACACUCAAAUAUGUCAAAAUAUGCUAUAGCUUUCACUUUCUAUGUGCUCUGGAGGAGAGUGGUCCAUUGAUCUUUUUUUGCCUUCUUUCAUAAUUUACAAUAAGGAAAUAAUGGCUUAUAUGGUCAGUAAUUUUCAUUAUGAUACUUGCAGGUGAAGCUGGCAUCCCAGGUGCUCCCGGAAUCCCAGGAAGCUCACGAGGUAAGGCGAACAUUCGUUUUAUUUAUUAAUAAAAUAUUAAUGCUUAAGUCAGAACAAAGUUCUUGCUUUGGUAAUGCAAUUUGGUUAUGUUUUGUGGUAUACAUUUUAUGUUAAGAAUACAGUUAUAUCACCUUACAAAUUGCUAGUGAGAUACCUCCGUAUCUGGAGAGAUGCAGGUUUGUUCCCCGGCUCGCUCAACCCAUACUUUCAAUGUUCCAAGGUCAAUACAAUGAGUGUAUUAAGCUUGGUAUUAUUAGCAGUGAAACCUGAAGACGUACUUGAAAACUAGUGGAAAAUAAAUGUACACAUUAUGAAUAAAUAGUUUUAAAAACAUAUUAAUGUUAUUAUCAUCUUGGCCUACAAUGCACAUCAUUUAACCAGGCUAAUGUGCCAAAGACUAAUGCUCGUAAUAAGGUUUCCAAACCUUUCUACGCCAAUAAUACUGUAAGAUUCACGUCUUUUCUUUAAAGAAAUAAAUAAUAUGAGUAUCAUUAAAUUGGUAAUAUAACCUAGAACCCAGACCAUACUUGCAAACUUGUGAAAGAUAAACGUACCUUAUUGGUUAAAUAUUAUGAUUAUUAUUAUCUUGCAAUCAUGCUUUGGAUAUUUUGUGUGCCAGCAUGUGCAUGUGUAACAAUUUCAAGCACAGAUACAGUCAAUUACAUGGUUCUAAAUAUAUUGUUUUUGUCCUGUAGGCCCAGCAGGAGGUGGAAGACCUGGACAAGGUAGCCCUGGUCCACCUGGACCUCCUGGACCACAAGGACCUCCCGGGCCUCCCGGACAACCUGGUAACUCUGGACGUGGUGCAGAAGAAGUCCAACAGUACAUUACCCAAUAUCUCCAGAGUAAGCGCAUUAUCAGUAUUACAUUAUUUCAACAUUGGGUUUCUCAUUUUUAGAGUGUGGUUAAGCAGCAGAGCAUUGUAUUUAGGUUUAGUUAAAAACAUUUUUUUUUCAUUGAUGUAUGUUGGUACUAGAUCAUGGUUUUCUUAGCAGACACUUUUUCUAAAUGGAACGUUCUGAAAUGUUUAUAUGUUAAAGAACUUACCUUUCUGAAUAUGAAUGGUGGGUGUACCACCUUUAAAAAAGGUGUUGCCCUUCACAGCUGCUUAUUAUAGUCCCAUCUCCCUUUGAUCAGACUCUGCUAUUGGCCUGCCACAAAAUGCAGACAUAACGAAGCACUGGAGUCCGAGGGAUGAGAGUAGCUACUCCGCAUCGAGAGCAGCUAAUGAGGGUAAUAUCUCAUUAACAGAAGUAAUCCCAGUACUGGGAACACCACUGCUUUAACCAGAAAGAAUGGGAGGUCUUUAACAUAUAGAUUCUUCACACCGUCCAAAUGAUACAAACUUUUUUACCUAUCUUACUAACAUGGUGGGUGCCACGGCUUCAUAUCAGUAACAUAAUUAGUAUUCUCUAAUUAACGCACCUUAUUCAUCUGUUGUUAAGGUGAAAAUGUCAGAAAUUAUUUGGUUGGACCUCAAGGACCCCCUGGACCAAAGGGAGACAGCGGACAGGAAUUGGAUUAUGCAGAGUUGGCAAGUCGUGUCAUGAGCUACUUAAGAGGUAUGGUGCUAAUGUUUUUUAUUUUAUUUUAUAUUGCCAACCAAAAAAAAGAAAUUGAACUACUAUGAGAUCACUUGAAAAGGUAUCGGACAAGACUGAGAAUUCAUAUUGAUUUAAAUUACAUAUUCAUAGGGAAUGGAGCUAAACAAUCCUUUAAACAAUAUUAAAAGGCUACGUUUAGGGAUCUGAUCUUCAUGUCAUACUGCCACUUAAAACGUUAUUUAUCCUGCAGAUUUAAUUUUUUACAAUUUUUUUUUUAUGUUCCUUUAAGUGAUUAUUGUUUUUACAAACAUUGCCAGAAUAUGGCAGUAUGGAGUAAUUUAUUAAACAUUUCUGUUUUGUAGGUUCUGGAUUUACUUCUGCAGAGUUUGGGCAGGCAGGAUUUGUAGGCCCAGCAGUCUCUUACGAUGAAAUUCUGUCCAUGUUGAAAAGUAAGUUUUUGCCACUGAAAACAAGCAUGUCAUCACUACAAUUAGGCAUUAGUCAGUGUGUUAUAUUUUCCAUUCUGUUAGGACACUCUUACAGUUGACUGCCUGAAAGGUUUUCUGCCUAUUUCUCAAGGAACAUCUAAAAUCAAGGUUUCAGUUACAUUAUUCUUUGAAGAAAAUUGGAUAAAACCUAAGUUUUGGGCUGUCCACUGGCCUCAACCAUUAAAAAUGAAGCCACAUUUUAUUCAAAGAAAAAGAUAAGACACAUUUAUUUAAUGAUUCAAUUUUUAACCUCAAAACUAGCAAAACACAUCCACUUAUCAAAAAAGAUAUUACUUUGCUUCUUAAAAAAAAGUUCAAGAAUGGUUCUACAAAUGCUGUUAUUUCACUUGGAGUUUACUUACUCAAUGUCCAUGUCUAUCUGUUCUAGGUUCUGGAAUGCAACUUGGCCUUCAGGGACCUCCAGGCCCACCAGGGCCUCCAGGACUACCUGGAUCUGGCUAUGGAGAUAUUACAGCUUUGCUUCAAGGUAAGAAUAAAAUUUCAGAUACUCUGACCAAGAUUUUGUAAAUAUGAUGUUAUCGAAUCACACAAAAGUUUUGAGUGCACAGAAUAACUAUUUGUUGAGGUUGGUUGGGUGUCAGGGUUGAAUAGUAAAAGAUACGUUAUUGUAACAUCUGCAUCAUGGUUUAUAGAUUACAAUAAAAGAAUGAAGAGGCAGUUGAUGCCGGAACUUGUUCUAUAUUGAAAUCUCUUAAUAUGACAUGUAAAUUUUUAAACGUUAAAAAAAAAAAAAAAAAAAAAAUCAGAUAUAGAACACUUCAAAUACACUGGGUUCUUUGACAUAAACUAAGAAGCCCACCUAAGAUCUGGUGAAUGAGUUGUAAUAAACAAUGUUCUUAUUUGAUUUGUAAAUGCCACCAGAUAAUGGGUCCCAUUACAUUAAUAUCCAAAUUAUCCUCACUGAAUGCUAGGAUACUCAUAAUUUUCACAUCUCUACCUUAAAUCAGCAUCUGAGUUCAGAGGAGUUGUUGGACCCCCAGGACCACCAGGACAACCAGGCCGUCCAGGAACACCAGGUCGCCAUGGCUCCCCUGGCCCUCAAGGACCUAUGGGACCUAUGGGACCAUCUGGAAAUACAGGCACAACCAGGACCAGUUUUGAUACCGAGGAUAUUGCGGCAUAUUUACAAAGUAAGAAAUUGAAUUUAAAUUAUUAUGGCUAGCCCCACACUAGGUCAUACGUAUAGUGUCAGUGGGAAUUUUUUACUGUGAUGUAUAUUGAUACAGCCUCAUCAGGGUUAUUAAAUGGGGUAGUAUGGAGAAUUGGAUUAGUUAUACUCUGUGAUAUCAUGACAGUCCUGGUACAUCAUACAUCAUGAAGGUGGACAUAGGUGGGCUUUGAUAAAGAAUUUUAAUAGGCUAGGAACAAAAACAUAUGAUCAAUUUGAUGUGAGAUAUGUUCAUGAUGAAGUUUAUUUCAUGACUUAAAAUGUAUUUUCCAUAUGCCAAGUAUUAUGCAGCAGUCAAAAAGAUGGUUAUCUUAUGCACAACAUGCAUGUUCCUCUUACAGUGCGAUCUAGAUAAUGAACAUCAUGUGUGAUUUCAUAGAAAAUGUACAUCUUGGUGUGUGCUCUAGAACAUGAACACAUUGAGGAAAAAUCUAGAACACAGAUUAUCUUACUAAAAGUGCAGUUUCAAUUUACAGUGAGCUCUAGAAUAUAUAUAUAUAUAUAUUUUUAGAACACAAACGUGUUAUACACUUUUAUAGGAAAUACAACUUUUGGAUGGUUUAGUUAAAGUGUAUUACUAUUUUUUUGUUGUGUCAGAUGUAGGAUAUGUUCGAGGAGCUCCAGGGCCACCAGGACCUCCUGGACCACAGGGACCCCCUGGUGGUGGAAGCAGUCUGGUCUCUUAUGUCGAGAACGUCCAUAGUGAUCGAUUACGGACUGAACUCAUGGAAUAUCUAACAAGUAAACACACUUUCACUCUGAAUAUUUUUUAUCCGCUCUAAUGUAUAGAAAAUACAUUUUACAUGUUACAUGCUAAGUAAGGAAAAUCUAACUAUUUUUUUCUCAAUUGUAAUUUUGUAUUAGUGUGUAAAAAAAUAAUAAAAAGGAAGAAGUAAUUUUUGAGGACUGCAAUGAAAUAUUAAUGUUUUUACUCUGCUCAGGUGACAACAUUCGAAGGUAUAUCACAGGACCAGCAGGACCACCUGGCCCACCUGGACCUCAGGGUCUGAGAGGAGCAAAGGGAGAUAGUGGGGUAAUUUCUUCAUCAUCAUUAUCUUCUGGAUCAUCAUUGUCUUCUGGAUCAUCAUUCUCUUCUGGAUCAUCAUCGUCUUCUUCUUCAUAUUCAAUAGACUAUAAUGAAGUGGCAUCUCGUGUAACAGAACAAAUUCAGAGUAAGUGCUUGGAUGGUUAUUUUAUAAUCAUGAUCGGUCAAUGGUGUAAAUAUAUAUGUAAGGGGAAAUCCUUCCCCACAUCAUCAUAUACCUGCCAGGUAGGGUGAGAAGAAAAAAAGGGGGUGAAGGGCUGCGCUAUAAAAUGGAUAAUCUCACAAUAUAUAGACUAUAUGUUAAUGUAGUAUGAUAAAUAAAACAGAAUCCAUACAAUAAUAAAAAAAUAGAUAAAACAAAGUCCAUGCAAUAGUAGAGAUCAAAUACUAAAAUGUCCAGUAAAAUGUAUAAACUGAUAUAUGGAUAAGCGUGUAUACAAUCCUCAGGAGUAGAUCCGUCCGGGUUGUGAAUAGUCCAUAUAUGUGAAGAUAAAAACACGAAAAAAUUCCAAUAGUGUAGUAUGUUACUUGAAAUUUAUAUAAAAUGAAAAAUGGAGGAUAAUACACUCACAUUUGAUGGAGCUUUGUACCAGCUCUUGGAUGAAGGGCACUUAGCGGUAUAAUCCCCGCUAAAGGAUAAAUGGUGGCAGUAGAUCUGUCCGUCCAACUUGGUAUCCAUAGUGGUCCGUAGAAUAUAUGGAGACAAUAAUAGUGCUCUCAAUACGAAAUGAUAAAAUAAAAUAAUAAUAAAAUAUACUCACAAUGAUAGAGCGGAAAAUACUGCUCUGUAGGUACAGCUCUGGUGGACUAAUCCCCACCUAUGGAUUGCUUGAGCAGGAUACAGUAAAAUGCCAGGAAAAUUAAUAAAUAGAAAGAAAAGCUAGGGUCCACUGCACUUAUAUAUGCCACAAGGUAAAGACAAUAUGGAAACCAAGCUGCUGAGACAUAAGAGGGACCCAUUUGCAACUAUAUGUCAAGGCGAUUGAAGUUUGACUACUACUAGGCAGCUGCCUAGGGUCCAGUAAACAUGAUGGGUAUCAUAUCAUAUCACUGCUUCCUUCCAUCCUCAAGUUGCUGAAGUGAUCCUUUUCUUCGGAACCCCAUCUAAAACUCUAUAGUGCCUUAAAGGACAAGAGACAAAAUUGUACUUGUUAAACGUUAUCUAAAGAGACUUUGGUGCAUCAUUUUAUUUUUGCUAAUGGAAUAUAAUAGCCACAAACAGCCAUAAAUGCAAUCAGUUCUCGAGCAGUAAAUAAAUAUUACUUAUUUCCUGUAGAUAAGAAGAGAUAGGACUCUUGUAACAGUAAUUCCUUAUUUUUGUUUAGGUCAAGGCUUAUUGGGAGAUUUCUCUUUCAAUGGCCAGAGAUCAGGCCCUCCAGGACCACCAGGGCCCCCAGGAAUCUGCCAAGUGUAUGCAACUCAUGCCAACAUAACUACUGAUCUAAUGGAAGUUUUCAGAAGUAAGUUUGGGGGGGAAGUAAAAUUAUUUGAUAUAAGUAUCUUCACAUAUUACACAUCUAUGUCAUUAUUAUAGAAGUUCAAUGUCUGUAUAUCAAUGUUUAUAUAGUUUUAUUAUUCUAUAUUAAUUUUAAAUUAAUAAACAAUCCCAUACUCUUGGAUAUACUCCAGCUGGUAUAGUGGAAUGAACAUCUUAAAAGGCUCAGCCCCGAGUUUAAAAGUGCCAGGGACUCACCUAAGCAGUUGCAACCUGCAGACCAUUAGCUGUUUUUGAGCUACACUAAGGUUUAUCAUGCCUUGGAUUGUGGGUGAUGUAGUUCACAAACAAGUGAGCAGUUCCUGUUUUAUAAAGCUACAGCCUGUGUUAGUUUAACGCCAUCUUAAUUAAUGAACAAUAAUUAAGCAAUAAGUUAAAACACAAAGAAAGAAAGCUGCAGUUAGAAUUCUUGGGAUAAAAUAAGAGAUAUAGCUAAUUACUGUUUCUCUCUAUACAGCGUAUGGUACCAUACAGGGUCCACCAGGGCACCCAGGACAGAAAGGAGAAAGAGGAUUCACAGGUCCAAAAGGUAUGUACCAAAAGUGGUCCUAAUAAGCCCAGUGCAUGAACAGUGCAUCUGUACCUUUCUGUGAGUGACUGUCAUGUGUUAAACUAUCUGUAACUUUUUCUUGGAAUACACAUUAUAUAUAAAAACUAAAACCAAACAAAAGUUACUCCAGUUCUUCUACCGUGUAAUUUCAAAGACAUUGAACGCGACCUUAUGUCAUUUUUACAGGUGAACGUGGAAUACAAGGUUUUACCGGACAACCUGGACCGAGAGGUCAGAAAGGAGAGAAAGGUAUGUUCAACACACUAUCAAUUAUAUAACUUAAAAGAUGUAUUUACGUAAAGACUGCUUCCUUUAAUAUGGCUGCUUCUUAAAGGAUCACUAUAGGGUCAGGAACACAAACAUGUAUUCCUGACCCUAUAGUGUUAAAACCACCAUCUAGCCCCCCUGGGCCACUCAUGCCUCCAUAAAUAUAGUAAAAAUCGUACUGUAUUCAAGCCUGAAGCUGUAGAUCCGCAUACUGUUCGACUCAGAAAAAAAGCAGUCUGCUGACAUCAUCAGAAAUGGUAGCCUGAUCCAAUCACAAUGCUUCCCCAUAGGAUUGGCUGAGACUGACAAGGAGGCAGAUCAGGGGCAGAGCCAGCAUGAUUCAAACACAGCCCUGGCCAAUCAGCAUCUCCUCAUAGAGAUGAAUUGAAUCAAUGAAUCUCUAUGAGGAACGUUCAGUGUCUGCAUGCAGAGGGAGGAGAAACUGAAUGUUUGGAUGCAUUUUAGGCAGCCAUGACCCAGGAAGGAUCUGUAACAGCCAUCUGAGGCGUGGCCAGUGACGUUAUCACUAGGCUUUAAUGUAAACACUGCAUUUUCUCUGAAAAGACAGUGUUUACAGCAAAAAGCCUAAAGGUAAUGAUUCUACUCACCAGAACAAAUUCAAUAAGCUGUAGUUGGUCUAGUGACUAUAGUGUCCCUUUAAUAUCAUGCACAUCAUUUGUAGACAUUUAGCUCUAUUACCAAAGUGUGUAAUAAUCUGCUUAGCACAAUGGACAAGUAAGAUGUUACUUUGUAUACAGAGGUUAUAUGUUCAUAACAAUGGAUCGUUAACAAUAGUAAUAUGGGUGAAGGUGAUUUAAAACGGCAGUAUUAUAUACAAAAAUCACAUAUGUUCUCUUAAAACAUAAAAAAAAAGCAUACUUCAUUCUUUUAUAUCUUAUUCACAGGUGAACAAACAUUUGUUGGAAAAAGAAAAAGAAGAAGCAUUGGUGUUUGAUGACCAGUGAUCCCUAAAAUUGCGUUGUAUGAUACGUGAAUAAUUAUUAUGGGCAGAGAUUGUGCCUCCUUCAACCCCACCCCAAACUACUUGUAAAUACAGAAAAAGCAUACAGUUCAAAGCGAUGUGGGAUAAUUUAUAUUUGUCAGUAAUUGGGACGUUAUUGUUCAGAUCAUAUAUUUUGAGCUUCUGUUUACUGUCAAAGCUAAGCACUGUGUGACCAAUGAUUGCCCGCAUGAGCUCUAGAGGGAUGGGGGCGGGGGGGAAACUGUGUAUUGCUUGUCACUCAGUGUCACUCCAUAGCAUCAGAAAUUUAAGUGAAUUUCAAUAUUAGUAAAAAAUUGGAUUGUGUAGAUCAAUAUAUUGCAACUGAACAGACUUGCCAAUCAAAUAUCUGAAGUUACACUGUUGAAAGAUUAUUCCUUUUUAAAUAAUGUUAUGCUGUGAAAUGAGUUGACUUGAUCGAGUUGAUCUUAGACUGUAGAACAACGUGACCUAAAGCUGAUCUCACCUGCUCUAAUUUGGCCACACAGGCCUGGAAACCACAUAUACCUGUUUAAAUACAGGUGGAUCAAACUGGUCCUGUAUAAAAAUACCAAAACUGAUUAACUGACCUGUGUUUAAGCAGGGAUAUCCAUGAAUCCAGGAAUGUGUACAGCAUUAGGGGCCCAGUACUGGAUACUUCUGGUCUUCAGAAUUGCACAUCACUUAAAAAACAGGAGGAUAUAUUCUUGACUUGGGCUCGAUGGUUAUAAAAUUAACCAUCGUGGGCCAUCAAUAAAGCAGUAUAAAGCAGUAUUCCAGUAUCCUAUUUGAACUGCCAUCUCAAUAAACAAAAUGUGGACAGUUUGUGGUCAUCGAGUACUGGUUUGAGAAAUCCUGACCUACAGGAAAAUAAUAGAGAGGGCUGGCCAAAAGGUAGACAUCCACCUUUUGUAGAAUUAUAGUUCUUAUGAUGUUUGCCUUAAAACUAUGGAAGUAUCAUGGGAUGUGUAGUUCUAAAAAAACAAAUACAUUAAUUUAAAAAAAAGUAAAUAAUGGAGGUCUACCUUUUGUCCAGCCCUGUACUGGAUAAAUGCAGAAGCACAUAGCACGUAAUGUGUUUGGUCUUAAGUACAUAUUAUUUUGGGAUUGUUUUUCUUUUAUUUUCCUCUUUAUAAUAGUUACACUUGUCUAAUUGUUUUUAUAAUAAACUUUGUACAUGUAAAGAUAUUUUUUAAAUAACAAUGUUGUCCAUGUACUAGUUUUUAUUUUAUUUUUGUGGGUUUUUUUUAAACAUAAUAUUCCAGCAAUAGUGUUUGAAUUCUAUAGUCGUUCGUGCCGAAUUGUUUGCUUGAUAUAAGUUGUAAUUUGUUUUCACUCCCGAUAGCACUGGACUCUUUAGAAGUUAUAAAGGCAUAAUGGCUGAUAGAAAGAACAUAGAUUGUUUGCUAGCACUGAUGUGAGGAAUCUGCGUUACACAACUUAGGGGUUUAUUUAGUGAACAUUGAAACACGAAUACUUGACAAAAAAAAUACCACAAUUAAGGCCAUAACUAAGUGCUGUCAAAUUCUGCAACUUGGAUAUCAGAACCUCAAGCUUGCAAUUGUCUGGUCAAUUUAUGACAAUUCACUAUUUCAAUGCGUAUAAAAGUCUAAUAAACCUAUAAACCGAAAGGGAUGAGCUGUGCACAAUUUCUAUAUCAUGUGUAUUGUCUUUGUAAACAACAUUUUGUGUGUACUUGCAAUGAUCUUACAAAGACACCAUUAAAAUAAGUCAUUAGAGGCAACCAUUUUGCUUUUCUGAAAAACUGAAAUGGAGGUUUUUAGUUGUGAUGUUACAUUACAGUAAUCUCAUAUUUUCAAACCAGGUUACAAGCAAUGCAAACACAGGCUCAUAAGACACAAUAUAAAAAUAAAAUAAAUAAUAAUAAUAAUAAAAAAAAGCAAAAUGUCUGCCUCCUAAAAUCCUACUCCAAGGUCAGAAAAUAUUUUUAAAUGGAAAUGUGAUAUUUUAUCUAUGGGAAAACAGUAAAAUCUGCAAGUGGAAACGGUCUCCCAAAAGAAUGGUGUCUCCAAACCACUUCUGAAAUAAACUCAGUUAAAUCAAACAAAAAUCUGAGUGUUUCUUACUGCUUUGUAACCUUGAAGAGGUGAUAUACACUGAACAAAAUUAUAAACGCAACACUUUUGUUUUUG